GAGCGCGCGCGGCGGCGAAGGCGGCCGGGCGGGGGGCGGGGCCGGCGCCUGCAGAACCUUGGACAGAAGCUCCGGAGCUGCCGCCGCCGCCGCCGCCGCCGCCGCGCGAGCCCCGCCGAGCCCCGCCGAGCGCCGCCGGGCGCGGGAGCCGCCUUCCGCCGGAUCCGAAGGGGCCCGCCCGCAUCCCGGGAGCGCCCCCGCCUCGUCCCCCGGGCCGCCGCCGCGGGCUCGGUGAGCCGCUCCCUUCCUCGGGCCGGCAGGCUGGGCGCGCAGGGGCGCGGGUCCCCGCGCGGCGCGCAGCGGCACCAUGGGCACGGUGCUGUCCCUGUCCCCCAGCUACCGGAAGGCCACGCUGUUUGAGGAUGGCGCGGCCACGGUGGGCCACUACACGGCCGUGCAGAACAGCAAGAACGCCAAGGACAAGAACCUGAAGCGGCACUCCAUCAUCUCCGUGCUGCCGUGGAAGAGGAUCGUGGCCGUGUCGGCCAAGAAGAAGAACUCCAAGAAGGUGCAGCCCAACAGUAGCUACCAGAACAACAUCACGCACCUCAACAAUGAGAACCUGAAGAAGUCGCUGUCGUGCGCCAACCUGUCCACCUUCGCCCAGCCCCCGCCAGCCCAGCCGCCCGCGCCGCCCGCCAGCCAGCUCUCAGGCUCCCAGACCGGGGUGUCGUCCUCCGUCAAGAAGGCCCCGCACCCCGCCGUCACCUCGGCAGGGACGCCCAAACGGGUCAUCGUCCAGGCGUCCACCAGCGAGCUGCUGCGCUGCCUGGGCGAGUUCCUGUGCCGCCGGUGCUACCGCCUCAAGCACCUGUCCCCCACGGACCCUGUGCUCUGGCUGCGCAGCGUGGACCGCUCGCUGCUGCUGCAGGGCUGGCAGGACCAGGGCUUCAUCACGCCCGCCAAUGUGGUCUUCCUCUACAUGCUCUGCAGGGAUGUCAUCUCCUCCGAGGUGGGCUCCGACCACGAGCUCCAGGCCGUCCUGCUGACCUGCCUAUACCUGUCCUACUCCUACAUGGGCAACGAGAUCUCCUACCCGCUCAAGCCCUUCCUGGUGGAGAGCUGCAAGGAGGCCUUUUGGGACCGCUGCCUCUCGGUCAUCAACCUCAUGAGCUCCAAGAUGCUGCAGAUCAACGCUGACCCCCACUACUUCACACAGGUGUUCUCCGACCUGAAGAACGAGAGCGGCCAGGAGGACAAGAAGCGGCUCCUGCUCGGGCUCGAUCGGUGAGCCCGGGAGCCUGCGUCCUGGCUCCAGGAUUCAAUUCAUUUAAGAAACAAAAAAUUUAUUACGAUACCAAUCAGAUUUUGUGUACAGUCUCCGUCUAGCGAAGCCGCCAAGGGCCUCUCUCCCUCCCCACCAUCUCUCCUGGGGGUUUCUCUUCAGCCCUUGCCAAGAAUUCCGGGCGCCGCCGUUGAACUCCCGCGAACCGUGUGUGAAACCCAGAAGAUGUCUACCCCAGCCGCUCAGGCCCCUGGCCUCACCCUGCGGGGAGCUGGAAGGCGUGAGCCACCCUGGUACCCCCACACCCCUGCAGGCUGGAGAAGGGCCUCUGUCUGUUUGGGCCCCGGAGGAACGGGCCUUUCUGUGCGCAGGCCCUGCCCUGGCUCCUGUUUGGGGCUGUGUUCUCUCCCCGGGGAGCCAGCCCCCCUGACUGAGCCGUGCCAGAGGCCCUCUGCACUCUGCAGCCCCCUGGAGACGCUGGCCUGGGGCUGGGACUCUGUCCUGUUGUUGGGCCAUGCAGGACCCUGGUUUGCUCUUUUCUUUUUUAGGGAGAAGGGCUUUCCUUUAGUGGGGACGUGGAACGUGCCCGACCCCACCCCACCUGGCCCCCCGCCUGGUCCCUUUGUCCCCUGCUACCAGCUGUGUUGGUAGUGUUGGUUAAUGAGCUGGUUUGACUCAUUAAGUUCUUUCAUUUUGGGUCCCAGCUCAAGGGGUGGGGUGAAGCUGAGGACAGCUCCUUUCCUGGGUGAAUCUGUCAUUUGAAUAAUGCAGCUUAGUCAUCCUGAGGGGAAGGCCAGGACAGCUGCAGGUGCCCAUUAUCGACAGCCCGCCUGCCUUCUGGGCGGGCGGGGGCGCCCUGCCUGCCUCUGAGCUGGGGCCUGUCUCAGGGCUUGGGCUUCUUGGUGGUGCACAUGACAAUUGUCCUGCAGACCUGGGGUGGGG